UCUUUGUGCGGAGUGGACCUCACUAAAUACUUCGGAGAAGGUGAUAUCUUGUGGGAACGCUGGGUUCGAGCCGCAAUGGGAUUGAAAAGUUCACCGUACCAAGCUGUGCAAGCUAUCAUGGUGGCAAAGGAGAUCGCCUUGGGAGAUAGGAAGGACCCAAAGAACGCAUUUAGGUGGGACGAAGUCAAGUUGAACCUACCAGGUUCAAGUACGUAUGACCCCAGCUUGCCUUGGGUGUUCAAGAUCCGGUGGUCUGAUGGUAAAAUUGCUGCGGAUUUGUUCAUCUAUGUCGACGAUGGGAGAGUUACAGCAUCCAAUAAGUUGGAAUGUAAGCAGGCAACUCGGCAGGCGGCUAGUCGUUUGAAUGGACUUGGUAUUCAAGAGGCUGCGAGAAAACGAAGAUGGGGAUCACGAAACCCGGGAGCCUGGGCUGGAUCCUUGGUAAAAACCACUGAGGAUUCAGUAAGUGUGUUCGUGUCUCAAGAAAAGUGGGACAAGACCAAGCUUCAGGUUAAGGAGAUUGCGGAAGAACUUAGUGGGUCAACGUCGGGGUCUUUGAAGCACAAGGCGCUAGAAAGAAAGCGCGGUUUUCUAAUCUAUGUUACUCGAACCUACCCAACGAUGAUUCCCUACUUGAAAGGAAUACAUCUAACCCUUGAUGCUUGGAGACCAGGGCGAGAUGAUGAGGGAUGGAAGUCUAUUGGUUACAAGGGAGAGUCGCCAACUCCAAGUUCACAAGAGGCUCCGGAAUAUGUGAAGGCAGUACCUAGACUGAAGGAUGACUUGGCUGCGUUAUCGGCUCUCACGGCCUCAGAGAGUCCCCCAAUUCGGAGAGUACGCAGCAAGAGGGUGAUGACGGUAUUCUAUGGGUUUGGAGACGCAUCAGCGGUUGGAUUCUGCAGCACGUUUCAGCGUUUCUCUAAGCAAGGAAGCGGCUUCAUCGCGGAAGACAAAAUACACUAUCGGUAUGGGCACUGGUGCACAACCAAUGGCGAGGAAUCGUCCAAUUACAGGGAGUUGCUGAAUCUGGUGGAGUCUCUGGAAAUGCGAGUACGAAAUGGUGAAUUGUAUGGUGUGGAGAUCUUUCUAUUCACUGACAAUUCUACUGCCGAAAGCGUGUUCUACAAUGGGAACUCCUCAUCCAAGAGAUUAUUUCAUCUCAUACUAAGGUUGCGGCGAGUACAGCAGGAGGCUGACUUGAUCCUUCACCUCUUGCAUGUGUCGGGCAAGAGAAUGAUAGCGCAGGGUACGGAUGGUGGCUCAAGGGGAGAUUUGAACCAAGGGGUCAUGACGGGAGAAAAUAUGCUGAAUUAUGUACCUUUGCAUCUUUCUGCAGUGGAUAGAUCUCCGUUAGUACUUGAUUGGAUGAGAAACAUAUGGGAGGAAAGAUUGGGGAAAUUGGAGCAUCUGGGAAUAGAUGAUUGGUUCACCAAGGGUCAUGGAAGAGGAAAUUUUCUGUGGACGCCACCUCCCGCGGCCGCGGAUGUGGUGGCGGAGCAAGUAGGAGAGGCGAGGCAUAAGCACCCUGAAUCGUGCCA